UUUGUCCGGGUUUUAUUUACUUCCGGCUUCAAAGCUCUGUCUCUUGUUUGUAUUGAUUACAUGCUUUUCGUCGCCGUGGACGUUGUUGUGAAAUAUGGAGACCAUAAUCCAUCAGAGUAAAGUGUUCAUUGAAAUUACUUGAACUAAACUUGCCAUGAGAAUGUCUCAGUGUUACGCAGGCUUUGAAGAAGGAAGUCGACUGUCACAUAGCCACUCCACACACUGUGAAACAGCAAUGUCAGUGAUGAAAAAUGUAGUCUUUUAGGCUGAUUCCACUUUGUCCAAGUGCAUUUUAUUGUCGGUUGUUACGCAUCAAUAUAUUGUGAUGACGGCUACAAAAGAUUUUCAAACGGACGAAUUUGUUUCAAUUCUGAGUGUCUUGUGGCUCUCUGCAAACGACCUGGACAGUUUUGGAGAAAUGUGGUACCAAAUCUUCUUGUGGGCCCUGUUCUCCUCCAUGUUGGUCCAUGUCAUAGCAUCCCUCAUUGCUGUGUGCAGACUGAGGAAGCACAAACUAGGCCGGUGGAUUCCAGUCGUGAUUGUGGCAAUGGGAGUCUUAUCUCCUCUAACAGGCGGUGUCGUCACAAGUGCUGUAAUUGCAGGAGUGUUCCGAGCUUCAGACUUUGUCAUAACACCAUUCUAUGCCCUUGUGUGUGGAGUGGGUCAAACUAUCAUUGUCAUGUUUAUAUCCUUCACAAGGAUCCUGGCUACAUUGUGAACAUCAUACAGCAGAGUGUAUCUGAUGCACAUGGGUGCUGCUUAAUGAAGGGAUAGCGAUACUGGUUCACACCUGGACGUGGAGAACAGCUUAGUGAAAACUAAUCCUAGUGCAGGUAAUGUGAUAACACCUGCUUCAGUAUUGUGAAGUGAUGUCUCAGUGUCUGAUAAACCUGGAGGUGCACUUGACAAUGUUGUGAAUUGGACAUCCAUAUUCCAAAUGACUGAACCUUAAAGCCUACUGUUGGAGUUGUAAACAGGUUAUCCUGUUUAUCUUGACAGUGUGGCAUUAGGAUGUGAUCAUGUGACUCCUCUCUAAGGUAGAGGUAGUCUCUUAAACAUGGGUUAAUGAGAUGAACAUUUUAGUCCAAAUCACGUCAGUUGUAUCUGGAGAAAUUUCCAGAACUAGCAUGGAGAAGAAUUCAUAAUAUAUUGGGAAGUGAUGAUGGUGAAGGUGAAGUUCUUGUACAGUGUACACAUAGUUGUUGUUCCAGAUGAAUGCAAGUGUAGAAAGUGGAAGUGAAUGGAUGCUUGUAUAGUGAAUAAAUAUCUGUAAUAAAGGC